AGGCGGCUGGAGAGCUGGGGAGAGGCCUGGGAGAGGUUUGGAGCUGCCAGGGGGGACCUCGGGGGUGGAGAGGCGAGUCCCGGGAAGCCAGGGCGCACAGGGCUGUUCUAGAUCUAGCUCUGGGGUCGGGCCCUACACCUCUCUCCAAGCCGAUCGGGGAGCAGAAAAGGGGAGCCCGGGCUUCCUCCAGCCUCCCGGGUCGGCUCCGGGUCCAGAGACACCCGAGAAAGGGGAACAAUAGCCGUGCCACCUGGGACGCACCGUGCGCACCGUUGCGCUGCGCUCUUAGGUUCUGGGGUGCAGCCGGGAGUGGCUACCCCACCUCGGAGGACCUCGGGAACCCCUGCCCAGGGUGAUCCGGACCUGGGUGGGGCUCCCCGGCUCGGUAGGAAGCUCAGGGAAUGGCCAGGAGUGGAACUUGGGGGGCCAAGACUUGCAGGAACCGUUGCGCGUCCCUUGGGGCAGAUGCGCCCUGAGCGCAAAAGGGGACCCUCAGGUGCCUUGGUUGGACUCACCUGCCACGUUUGUUCCAGAGCCGCCAGGCCGGCUGCAACGAUUUUUAGGGGGGGCUGCCCACCUGGCAAGACCGGUUCCAGAGCAAAUCCUAUGUAGGUGACCCCCACCCCCACCCCAAACCCCUCUGCCCAUCAUGCACGGAGGAGAAGGACUUUUGGAUAAAGGCACGCCCGCAUGGAUGGAUGGAUGCCAGCCUACUGCUUGGGGAGUGCUCAAAGGUUCUCCCAAAACCUGCCUUGAGGAAACCGAAUGAGGAGGAAUGACAGACACCUUGACUGGCAAAGCCAAGGACAUUUCUGUAUAAUCAGUGGAUGAAAGGAUUUUUUUUCUCUCUCUCCCCUCACUCUCUUCCUCCCGCUUUUCCUGGAGGAUUAAUCGAACGCUCGCCGUCUCCAAUUCCAAGCAGAGGAUGGGACCCAAGCUCAAAACACCUCCAACAAUGCUUCAGGACUUUCCUACAGCCUAGGGGACUUCAAACUCUGUCCCCCCACCUCCCAGCCGCUCUGCCUCCUAGCUCCACUCUUUCUUCUACCAGCUCUCCUUUGCUGAACUCAUUUCCAUUUCCCCAAAAAACGGUGCUUGGAGCCACCCUUGGAUGGAAGAAAUGAGAGCUUAAGUGCUGGGACAGGAGGAAGUCUCUUUGGGGGUCUUUCUGUCCACUGCCGACAUGAAGGGCGUCCUCCCUGUGUUGAGCUGUUUGGCUGUACUGGGUGCUGUGUCAGCUCAGAGGCAGGUGGCUGUCCAGGAGGGACCUUUGUACCGCACAGAGGGGUCCCACAUCACCAUCUGGUGUAAUGUGAGUGGUUUCCAGGGCCCUUCUGAGCAGAAUUUCCAGUGGUCCAUCUACCUGCCCUCGGCCCCAGAGCGAGAAGUCCAGAUCGUCAGCACCGUGGACUCUUCCUUCCCCUAUGCCAUCUACACACAACGGGUCCGAGGAGGCAAGAUCUAUGUGGAACGCAUCCAGGGCAAUGCAGCAUUGCUGCACAUCACAGAUCUUCAGGCCCGCGAUGCUGGAGAAUAUGAAUGUCACACGCCCAGCACCGAUGAUCAGUAUUUUGGGAGUUACAGUGCCAAGAUGAACCUCGUGGUGAUCCCUGACACUCUACAGGCGACUGCUGUGCCCCAGACGUUGCACAAAGUGGAACAGGACCCUCUGGAGUUGACGUGUGAGGUGUCCACGGAGACUGCCCAGCACAGCCACCUGUCCGUGGCUUGGCUCCGACAGAAAGGCAGUGAGAAGCCAGUGGAGGUCAUCUCCCUGAUCCGGGACUUUGUGCUACACUCCAGCAGUGAAUAUGCUCAGAGGCAGAGUCUGGGUGAGGUGCGACUGGACAAGUUGGGGAGCACCACCUUCCGCCUCACCAUCUUCCACCUGCAGCCCUCUGACCAGGGUGAAUUCUACUGUGAAGCCUCUGAGUGGAUCCAAGAUCCAGAUGGCUCCUGGUAUGCCAUGACCCGGAAGCGAUCCGAGGGAACCGUGGUCAACAUCCAGCCCACCGACAAGGAGUUCACUGUGCGUCUGGAAACGGAGAAGCGACUGUACACCAUGGGGGAACCCGUAGAGUUCAGGUGCAUCCUAGAGGCCCAGAAUGUCCCAGAUCGCUACUUCGCUGUCUCCUGGGCCUUCAACAGCUCAUUGAUCGCCAGCAUGGGGCCCAAUGCCGUGCCCGUCCUCAACAGUGAAUUUGCCCAUCGGGAGGCCAGGGGCCAGCUGAAAGUGGCCAAAGAGAGCGACAAUGUCUUUGUGCUGAAGAUUUAUCACCUCCGCCAGGAAGACAGUGGGAAGUACAACUGUCGGGUGACAGAGCGAGAGAAGACGGUCACAGGCGAAUUCAUCGACAAGGAGAGCAAGCGACCCAAGAACAUCCCCAUUAUUGUGCUGCCUAUCAAGAGUAGCAUCUCGGUGGAGGUGGCCAGCAACGCUAGCGUCAUCCUGGAAGGAGAGAACCUCCACUUCUCCUGCAGCAUCCGCACGGUGGGCCGACCCCAAGGCCGCUUCUCUGUCAUCUGGCAGCUGGUGGACAGGCAGAACCGCCGUAGCAAUAUCCUAUGGCUGGACCGCGAAGGCUCGGUGCAAUAUGGCACCAACUAUUGGGAGCGCAGCCAUUUUGGGGGCGUGCAGAUGGAGCAGUUGCAACCCAACUUCUUCACCCUCAGCAUCUUCAACAGCAGGAAGGAAGAUGAGGGGCAGUACGAGUGCCACGUAACUGAGUGGGUGAGAGCUGUGGAUGGAGAGUGGCAAAUCGUGGGGGAGCGCCGGGCCAGCACCCCUGUUUCCAUCACAGCUCUGGAAACAGGUUUUGCAGUGACAGCCAUCUCCCGGACACCAGGGGUGACCUACAGCGACUCCUUCGACUUACAGUGCAUCCUCAAACCCCAUUUUCCAGUGAGGGUACCUGUGUCAGUAACAUGGCGCUUCCAACCAGUGGGCACCGUGGAGUUCCACGACCUGGUGACCUUCACCCGGGAUGGAGGCGUGCAGUGGGGGGACCGAUCCUCCAGUUUCCGGACCCGGACAGCCAUCGAGAAAGCAGAAUCCAGCAAUAAUGUGCGUCUGAGCAUCAGUCGGGCUAGUGACACGGAGGCGGGCAAGUACCAGUGCCUGGCAGAGCUGUGGCGAAGGAACUACAACCACACCUGGGUGCGGCUGGCAGAGCGCACCUCCAACCUGCUGGAGAUCAGGGUACUUCAGCCAGUGACCAAGCUGCAAGUGAGCAAGUCCAAAAGAGCUCUGGCCUUGGUGGAGAAUAGGCCCAUCCAGUUGAACUGUUCUGUCAAGUCACAGACCAGCCCGAACUCCCACUUUGCGGUGCUUUGGUAUGUACACAAACCCUCGGAUGCAGAUGGAAAGCUUAUCCUUAAGACCACGCACAACUCUGCCUUCGAAUAUGGCACCUACGCUGAGGAGGAGGGCCUGCGAGCCCGCCUGCAGUUUGAGAGACAUGCCUAUGGCGGCCUCUUCAGCCUCACUGUCCAGCGGGCAGAAGUCAGUGACAGUGGCAGCUACUAUUGCCAUGUGGAAGAAUGGCUGCUGAGCCCCAACUACGCCUGGUACAAGCUGGCAGAGGAAGUUUCUGGACGCACAGAAGUUACCGUGAAGCAGCCAGACAGUCGCCUGAAGCUCAGCCAAGCCCAGGGGAACCUGUCGGUUCUGGAGACGCAGCAAGUGCAGCUGGAAUGUGUGGUCCUGAAUCGCACCAGUGCAACCUCACAACUCCUGGUGGAGUGGUUCGUGUGGAAACCCAACCACCCAGAGCGGGAGACAGUGGCCCGCGUGGGCCGGGAUGGUACCUUCCACUAUGGGGAGCAGGCAGCCAAGAAUAAUCUGAAAGGACGGCUGCAUUCUGAGAGCCCUGCGCCCGGUGCCUUCCGCCUUUUCAUCCAGAAUGUGGCAGUUCAGGACUCUGGCACUUACAGCUGUCGAGUGGAGGAAUGGCUGCCCAGCCCUAGUGGCGUGUGGUAUAAGAGGGCAGAGGAAACCGCUGGACAAACAAUGGUUAGCGCUAUGCGACCAGAUGCUACUCUUCAGGUGGACACCGUGGUCGCCAACGCCACUGUGUCCGAGAAGUCAACCUUCCAGCUCGACUGCAGCAUUGUGUCCCGCUCCAGCCAGGAUUCCCACUUUGCUGUGACCUGGUACUCCUUGAGGACUAAAGCUGGAGGGAAGAAGGGUAGCCCUGCCCUAGAAGAAGAGGAGAUGGUUGAGGAAGAAGAGGAGAAUGAUGUGGAAGAAGACCAUGAACCUACAGAGCGCACAGCCCUGCUACAUGUGGGCCCAGACUCUGUGUUUGGGGCCGAGGGCAGCCCUUGGGAGGGUCGGCUGCGUUUCCAGAAGUUGUCCCCACUGCUGUACCGCCUCACAGUGCUGCAAGCCAGUCCCCAGGACACAGGCAACUACUCCUGUCGAGUAGAAGAGUGGUUACCUAGCCCGCAAAAAGAGUUGUAUCGGCUCACCGAAGAAGAGUCGGCUCCCAUCAGCAUCCGAGUUCUGGAUACAAGUUCGAGCCUGCAGUCCAUCAUAUGCUCCAACGACGCCCUCUUCUACUUUGUCUUUUUCUACCCCUUCCCCAUCUUUGGCAUCCUCAUCAUCACAAUCCUGCUAGUGCGCUUCAAGAGCCGUGGCUCCAGCAAGAACUCAGAAGGGAAGAACGGGGUGCCCCUGCUGUGGAUCAAAGAGCCCCAUCUCAACUACUCCCCCACCUGCCUGGAGCCCCCGGUGCUCAGCAUCCACCCAGGAGCCAUUGACUAAGGGGUUCUGGAGGAGCUGAGGCUCCCCUUUGCUGCCGCUAGCGGUGUUGGGAACAUGGAUGGAACCCACACUGGCAUACUUCAGCCGAGAACCCUCAUACUGGCCCCAGAAGUAUUUCCAUGAGGAGUCCCCAUGAGGAGCAGAUAUGGGCCACCAUUUGGGGGUGGGCUCUGUCUCACAGUUGUCCCUCCUGCAGAAUUCAGUUUCUCGGGGAUUUUGGGGGGUUCUGUUUUGUUUUGAAUAUUGUAGUGAGUAGGUCCCGUGUCACAUCUACUCACUGGUUUCUAUAGUAUUGUCUGAUAGAUGUUACAGAGGUUCCACAUCUUCAUGUUGGACGUCUCUUUCCAUGCAA